GGUCGCCCGCUGGGGGGCGGAGCCGCGGAGUCCGGGCGGGAGGACAGCCGGCACCCGGGCGCGCGGGUGGCGGGUCUCGCUCGGGACCAUGGAGAAGACCAGCCUCCGGCCGUCCUAGAGCGGCGCUGCGCUGGGGAACGCCUCCGCCCGCGCUUCCGCCUCGGCGGCGGUGGGCGGGGGCGACCGGGUCUUCGGCGGCCCCGCGCCGUGCGGUGGCCCGCCCCCAGCCCCUGUCCCGAGGCUCGGGCGUCAGGGCCCACAGGCAUCGCCCAAGGGGCCCUUGCCCGCCGAGGCGCCACCAACCCUCCUGCCCCGAAGAGCUGGCCUGACGUCCCCCGGCUCGCGGUACCCGGGGUGGGGGGCGGUGACGCGUGGGGUCGCCCACUUCCCGCGGUGGAGUGUUCAGAUUCGCGUCGGGUCUCCGGUCAGCAUCGCCCCCUGGGACGUUGAGCGGCGCCCCCUUUCCCCGGGGGCCAGAUCACCACUUGGAUUUUGCCGUGCAGCCCGUGGUUGGUCCAGGGCCCGGUUAUCCUGCCUUUUCUCUCAAUGCGCAUUUGGGAUCUUUGCCACCAUCGCUAGAAUCAUUCGGUACAAACUUACUGGUAAUUCAUUCAUCGUGGGCCAGGGAUUUUUCUUGAAAGCCACAAAUCCACGGCAGCUCUUGACUCUCGCUUCUCAGACAUUCUUUCGAGGAAUCUUCAGCCUCGCCAGGCAGCUUUGUAGAAUUUACACAGGAAGCAGAUUCAGCACCCCACGAACCACUGGAGGAGCUCCGCAGGUGCUUGCUUUUCCAAACAGAGAGGGCAGUGCAUGAAGCCAGGGGUCAUCAGCCAUGCUCCAGACUCUGUGGUCCCAGGAGCCAGUGACCUUUGAGGACGUGGCCGUGUACUUCACCCAGAAUCAAUGGACUAGCCUGGACCCCAUGCAGAGGGCCUUGUACCGGGAGGUGAUGCUGGAGAAUUAUGCAAAUAUGACUUCCUUGGGAGCAUUUCCAUUCCCCAAACCAGAGCUGAUACUCCAGCUGGAGCGAGGAGAGGCACCGCGGGGCCUGGAUCCCUGGACACCCAUGGGGGGAGAGGCCCCGGGAGAUGUCCGCACAGGUGGUAAAAACAAGACUGCGAAGGAGGAGCAAACCCCAAGGCCGGAGGUUUCUGGAGCAUCGGCGGCCCAGAGACUGGCGGUGGAGGGGCUGCUCCCGGACGGUCCCCAGCAGCCUCACCUUAAAGCCAGCUUGGAGGAGCCACCGCUGUGUGACCUGGGGGCGGACACGGGCUCACACGGAGGGGGUUUCACGGGCUGGCUGGUGCAGGGGUACAGACCCUCCACCAGGGAAAGGGAGGAGCCAGCCAGCACACCGCAGGGAAGCGCCGGUGUCCGUGUCCUGACGAAGCUGGGCCUGCGCCGGGGACCGGCGGUUUACGCGCGCGGCGAGCGCGGCCGGUGUUUCGGCCUGCCUUCAGACCUGCAGCGGCAUCAGAGCGUCCACACGGAUGACAGGCCCUUCGGAUGCAAGGAGUGCGGGAAGGCCUUCAGGUACAGCUCCAAACUGGCCCGCCACCAGAAGAGCCACACCGGGGAGAGGCCUUACUCGUGCCAGGAGUGCGGGCAGGCCUUCGGCCAGAAUUCCCACCUCCGGCAGCAUCGGAAACUGCACGGCGGCGACAAGCCCUACGAGUGUCAGGACUGCGGGAAAACCUUCAGCUACAACUCCAAACUCCGCCGCCACCGGCGGGUCCACACGGGGGAGAAGCCCUUCCAGUGCGAGGCCUGCGGCAAGGCUUUCCGGUGCAGCUACGACCGCCUCGUGCACGAGCGAAUCCACACCGGGGAGAAGCCCUACGAGUGCCAGGCGUGCGGGAAGAGCUUCAGCUCCGCGUCGGUGCUCGGCCAGCACCAGCGAACCCACACCGGGGAGAAGCCGUACGCGUGCGAGGAGUGCGGGAAGGCCUUCGGCCGCAGCUCCGCCUUCCUCCAGCACCGGCGGCUGCACACGGGCGAGAAGCUGUUCAAGUGCACCGAGUGCUGGAAGACCUUCAGCUGCAGCUCGCGCUUUGCCGUGCACCGGCGGGUGCACACCGGGGAGAGGCCCUACGGCUGCCAGGAGUGCGGCAAGGCCUUCAGCCAGAAGGUCACGCUGGUCCAGCACCGGCGGCUGCACACCGGCGAGAGGCCCUACGAGUGCGCCGCGUGCGGCAAAGCCUUCAAGUGGAGCGCCAGCUUCGUCCAGCACCGCAAGCUGCACGCGCGCCGGGGGGCGGCGCCGGGGCCCGGGCCCCGCCGCCCGGCUCUACCCGCCCCCGCCCUGCCCGGGGCCGCCCCGCCUGCCCCACACCCCGCGCCGCGGCCCCCGCCUGGCUUCGUGCUGCGCCCCCGGGCCGCGGUGGCCGGCUCUUCGCCCGGGCGAGUAGGGCACGGCCUUCGGGACCUCACUUCCCCCGCGAGCCCGAACCCCUCGCCCCACGCCCGGUGAGCUCCCUCACGCUCUCCACCGCCCGCCCAUCCACCCGCCCAGAGUCCUGUUGCUCCGGCCCCGCGUCUCUGUCGUUGCUCUCCUGGGCUCGUGUAAGUCGUCGUUGCUUUCCCAGUUCCACGUCUGGUCUCACCCUUAAGGACCGUGUUGGAUUCCCCGCUUCCGUCCCCUGGGUAGGAAAUGGUGGCAGCUGUCCCUUGUGCUGUUCGGGAUGGGCCGGUAGCCUCGGUCUGCACCUGCCUUCUCUACUGGAUUUGGAGGAGUUUACAGAAGAUCUGGGGGGUUUAGGGGCGUGGCAUGCCAAUGACAUGGCCUGCUGUAGUUCAAGAAAUUGGGGAGGGGCACCUGGAUGGCUCGGUAGGUUAAGCAUGGGACUUGGGCUCAGGUCAUGGUCUCUGUUCCAGCCCCGCGUAGGGCUCUCUGCUAUCAGCACAGAGCCUGCUUUGGAUCUUCUGUCCCCCCCUUCUCUGCCCCUCCCCCACUCGUUCUCUCUCUCUCCCUCCCUUCCUCCCUCAAAAAUAAACAUUAAAAAAAGGGGGUGGGAUGCAAAGCCCAUGGGAGGUAAUCGAAGGAGGUAUGCAGUGAUUGCUUUCAGGAAUUGAGGGCCAUUUGGUGGGGAAGUAGCAAGGCUCACUGUGUGGCAUCUGAGCCUGGGACUUUUUGUUACCUUGAUAAUGACCAUUAUGAGGAUCCCGUGUAACUAAGCAAUAGACCGAGGAGAUAACCAGUAAAAAGAAUAGGAAGUGAUGAGUCAGCAUUGAUGGCAAUAAUGUAAAAUUACGUUCCUAGACUUGAUUGGAAGGGGAUGUGGCUUUUCUGUUGGGUUCCUUUUCUGUCCCUAGCCACAUCUUUUUUUUUUUUUCUUUUCUUCAGUGCCCACUCAAAUACGUAGGUACGGAAAGUGAUUAGGGCCUGUGCAUUGAGAGCAGAUGCCUGGGUGUAGCCAUCUCUCAGUUAUACCUGGAGUGAACUUGUUGGCAACACAGUGUUGAGCCUCAGAGGGAAGGAGAGAGACCUAACCCUGACCUGCUGUAGCUCCUGCCUCAAAGGAGAGUUUAUUCCUAACCAUACACAUACUCUGAUGUGUUCUCACACCUACUCCACAUCCUCUGUGAUACAAUCUGAGUUUUUGAUUUUAAGUUAAUUUUAUGAUGAACUAUUUUGAGAGCACCAAGAAGGGUUUAUGGACGCAAAUGUUACCAAAUGGUAUGAUGCCACCGGUGUGGCUAUACUUCCUGUCUAGUGGCAUGGUCCUUCUCAGAAUCUUUGUUUCAGGACGACAGUAGCAACAUGGAAAGGUACUUUAAUUAACUAAGCAGGAAUACAACACUAAGUAAAUGAUAUAUACACUGUUACUGUAACACCAUAAAAUGAUGUCUGCAAGGGAGAGCGUAAAGCACCGUUUUGGUUUUGGUCAGUUUUAUUGAGAUAUACUUUAUAGCCUUUACCCUUUUUUUUUUUUAAUUUAAAGUUUUUUUAAAUGUUUUUAUUUAUUUUUGAGACAGAGAGAGACAGAGCAUGAGCAGGGGAGGGGCAGAGAGAGAGGGAGACACAGAAUCCGAAGCAGGCUCCAGGCUCUGAGCUGCCAGCACAGAGCCCGAUGCAGGGCUCGAACUCGCGGACGGUGAGAUCAUGACCUGAGCUGAAGCAGGAUGCCCAACCGACUGAGCCACCCAGGCGCCCCGCCUUUACCCUUUUCAAGUAUACAGUUUGGAACCAGUGACCUUGAAGGACAAGGUUGUGUACUUCAUCCAGAAGCGAUGGGCCAGCCUGAUGCCUUCUCAGAAGCCCCUGCCCGAGAUUUGAUGUUGGAGAUUUAUGGGACCGUAGCCUCUCUAGAGACAGAGCAUGAACGGGGGAGGAGCAGAGAGAGAGGGAGACACAGAAUCCGAAACAGGCUCCAGGCUCUGAGCUGUCAGCACAGAGCCCGACGCGGGGCUCGAACUCACGGACGGUGAGAUCAUGACCUGAGCUGAAGUCGGACGAUUAACCGACCAAGCCACCCAGGCGCCCCAAUCCCAGAUCAUCUCUAAGAAAAACCAUUAAACUGUAGGAAAAAAGACAAUGAUUUUGAUUUCUGGAUAUUAUAUUUAUUGGCUGUGUUUUCCUGUAGUGAUUAGGAAGAAAACUUUUUUUUUUAAGUUUAUUUAUUUAUUUAUUUUGAGAGAGAGAGAGAGAGAGCACAAGCAGGGGAGGCUCAGAGAGAGGAGAGACAGAAUCCCAAGCAGGCUCUACACCGUCAGCGCAGAGCCCCAUGCAGGGCUCAAACUCAAACUGUGAGGUUGUGACCUGAGCUGAGACCAAGAGUUGGUGGUCACUUGACUGUGCCACCCAGGUGUCCCAGGAAGAAAACUUCUAAGUAGAGAGGAUCUUUGGUGUAGCAAGUAGGGAUCCAGGGAAGCUAGGGACGCACCAUGUUUUAUCACAGUCUGUGGGAGAGAGGAACCCCUGAAAAACCAUUGUGUUGUAGCCGUUUAGAGCAGGAGAGAAAAAUAUGGCAUCUCUGGGGUCCUGUUUGGUGGACAGGAAUUUGCCCUGCUCAUGGCCCAUCAUAUGAGGACAGGAAUACUGGGAAGGCUGAGACUCUGUGCCUUGAAUUGUUUGUACUAGUCCUUCGUGGGCCGAUGGUUUAUUUAUAAAGAACUUGAUUGUGGGAGUAAAUUUCAGAAACCUAUUCUGCAGUGAGUUAGUGGUUCUUUAUCAAUGACAAGAUAAAACAGAAUAAGAGCCCAUCUAGAAUAAUGCGUUAGAUAUUAUACGGGAAAGAUAACAUCUUUGAUGGAGAGAAAAACUGUACAGAUAAGAAAAAAAAUGUAAAUGAUUGCCUCUUCAGCACUUGACCGAAAGCGAUUUUUUUCAGGUACUCAAGGACUAAUGGAAUUAAUUUUGGAAAUAGGAUUUAAGCUUAUAGUCAGAACAGGAACAUUGGGUAAAUGGUAGCAAAAUGAAAGAAGAUAAGCUAACUGAGCAGGAAGAAAAGGAAUUUCCUUAGAAGAAAGUUCAAGUCCAUAAAAGCCAGGCCAGGCAGAUAUAAAAGGGAGCAGGGAAUUCAUACAUAUAUAUAAAAUGUGUGUAUACAAAAUGUGUGUGUAUAUAUAUGUAUAAUGUAUGUAAUGUAUAAUAUAUAUGUAUAUAAACUGGCCCUGAAGAUGUGACUAAACAUCAUUAUUGGAGCAUGUGCUCAGCGACAGAAGGAAGAAUGAGGAGGACAUAGUGUCCAGAAAAGCGUGGGUCCACUGUGGGGAAAUUGUGAAGACUCACUAUGACAGUUGUGCAGCAGGACUGGAAACUUGUGUCCUCAUACUGUUAGAGUGGGCAGUUAGGUUCUAACAGGAUACUUGGAGGCCAGCCCUGAGGAAGUCAUGGCCAGCUAUUGGGAAGGUCAGAGGCCUGUCCUGGCACCACUCCACCACAAGCCAGAUCAGACCAGACGGACCCAAGAUGGCGGAUGCCAUGACAGGAAACUCCUGAUCAAAUUAGAAGAAAAAGCUCUAAACACUGCUUCCUUCCCCAGGUAAUGAAUAUUACACCCCUAGUUAACAACUGUCAAUCAAAGAUAGAAACUGAAUCCCUUGGGCAUGCAACUCUCCCUCUCUCUCUUUCUCUCGCCCACUCUCAUAUCUUGAGUGUACUUCUCGCUUUAAUAAACUUUUCCACUUGUGUCA